UGUUCGCGUCUGGAGGCCUGCGCUCGGAGACGGAUCCUGGUUAACAUGGUAGUGCCGGUGUUUGUAUUGGGGCUGGUGCUGCCAUUAAUACAGCGGGCCCACACGAGUGCAGGUGUUGGUUUUCAGUUUGCUUCAUACAUCGAUAAUUACAUGGUGCUGCAGAAGGAGCCUGCAGGGGCAGUGAUUUGGGGUUAUGGCAUAUCUGGAGCCACAGUGACAGUGACUCUUUGCCAGGAUCAGGAAAUCAUCAUGAAGAAAGUGACCCAUGUGAAAGCAUACUCUAACAGCUGGAUGGUGGUCCUGGAUCCUAUGAAGCCUGGUGGACCUUAUGAAGUGAUGGCACAACAGACAUUUGGGAGAAUGAACUUAACCCUGAGAGUUCAUGAUGUCUUAUUUGGAGAUGUCUGGCUUUGCAGUGGGCAAAGUAACAUGCACAUGACGGUUUUACAGAUAUUUAAUGCUACAAGUGAGCUGUCUAACACCACUGCCUAUCAGUCUGUCCGCAUCCUCUCCGUGUCUCUCAUCCAGGCAGAACAGGAGCUGGAGGACCUUGCUGGGGUUGACUUGAAGUGGUCUAAGCCCACCUCAGAAAACUUAGGCCAAGGAAAAUUUGAGUACAUGUCAGCGGUGUGCUGGCUCUUCGGGCGUUACCUCUAUGACACUCUGCGGUAUCCCAUCGGGCUGAUCUCCUCCUCGUGGGGUGGGACACCCAUUGAAGCCUGGUCAUCUGGAAGAUCGCUGAAAGCCUGUGGGGUUCAUAGGCAAGGGUUCAUUCCGUCUGAUUCCGUAACCGGUCCCAGUGAAUACUCUGUUCUUUGGAAUGCCAUGAUUCAUCCACUAAGUAAUAUGACUCUGAAAGGUGUGAUAUGGUACCAGGGGGAGUCCAAUGUAAAUUUUAACAGGGACCUGUACAAUUGCACAUUCCCUGCGCUCAUUGAAGACUGGCGCCAAACCUUCCACCGUGGCUCCCAGGGGCAGACAGAGCGGCUCUUCCCGUUUGGAUUUGUUCAGUUGUCUUCAGUUUUGGCUGGUGCAGUGUCAGAUGAUCGACUUCCCCAGAUCCGUUGGCAUCAAACAGCAGACUUUGGCUAUGUCCCCAACCUAAGGAUGCCCAACACUUUCAUGGCUGUCGCUAUGGAUCUCGGUGACAGGAACUCACCUUUUGGCAGUAUUCACCCUCGAGAUAAACAAACUGUAGCCUAUAGGCUGCACUUGGGGGCCCGUGCUGUGGCUUAUGGUGAGAAGCAGCUGAUUUUUCAAGGACCACUGCCUGAGAAGAUAGAGCUCUUGGCUGACAAGGGGCUGCUCAACCUCAUGUAUUCCCAGCAAAUCCAGGUGCAGAGGCAAGACGACAAGAUAUUUGAGAUCUCGUGUUGUGAUGACCAUCAGUGCAAGUGGCUUCCAGUUCCCAUGAACACUUUCUCCACCCAGAUCCUGGCCCUGAAUAUCAGUUCUUGUCAAGGCACUCUGGUUGCUCUCCGCUAUGCCUGGACCACGUGGCCUUGUGAAUAUAAACAGUGUCCUCUGUACCACCCCAGCAGUACCCUGCCGGCUCCUCCCUUCACUGCUUUCAUUACAAACCAGAUGCCUGGACACCACAGCAAAGUUGCUAAAUGAUUUAGUUGCAGUUUGAUCAUAUCUUAGACGUAAGUGUAGAACCUUUGGAUUUGGGCAUUUAGGAGUUUAAAUGAUAACACAUGUUGCUUUUAAAGGAAAUAAACAGAAAAGCCUUGUUGGACGGCUCCCAGCACACACGUGGCUGUUUUUAUAUUCUGAGAUGAACAAGGCCAGUAGACACCGAAGUGCCCGCCUUUUGUCCUCUAGUUAGGCUGGAGUCGGUACUGGACUCAUUCUUAACUGCAAGCAAAUUGAACCUGUGUCAUUCAUAAUUGAGCUUCCUCAUUAUUGGGAGUGAAAUGUCUAACACUUUGUCUUCUUACAUCCAGAAUUGUGGAACACAGGGUUGGAAGACCUUUUGAGGCCACGUAGGCUAGUAUUUAUGUGGUUUUUUGGUUUUUGUUUUUUGUUUUUACAAAAUCUGACAAGUGGUUGUUGAAUCUUUGCAUAGCUUCCAUUCUAAAUUCCCAACGGUUUUUCCUUGUGUGGAACUGAAAUCUUUCUUCCACUACAUGACUGUCUUUCACAUAACUAAAGAUAGCCCUACCCUAUAAACAAUUCUACUCUCUCAACUUAAAUAGUGAUUAUAUGAAUGUUGAAAGCCAACAAAGCAGAACCAUGGGCAGGACUUUGGGGAGGUGCUGAGGGCCCACCUUAGAGAUGAAGAGGGCAAGGUGGUAACCCAGGAAGGCACUCGUGCUGCCAGUAACAGGAGGGCAGGGAUUAAGCUUAGGAAAAUGUGACAGUGGAGGUCACUGAGAGGCAAACAGGUCAUCAAGAGUUAAAUAUAAAUCCCAGGCUCUUUAAAGGUAAGAGGUUUAACUAUACAAAGGAUAAUCCAGAUGGAAGAAAAAAGUGAGACUGAGAGUAAAGCUACACGAUAAGCAUUUAAAAAAUAAUCCAGAUGAGACAAAUGUGAAAGAGGGCUUUUGUGUGUACUGUUAAGAAUCAUAAUGCUGUUUAUUGGUUGAUUAAAAACAGCUAAUGGCA